AUGGCUCUCUUGAGCUUCAGAGCGCCAUUAACCGACCCUGCAGAUCGUUUGUCGUCAUGGCAAGUUGAUCGUCAUCAAAACUGCUGUGAGUGGUAUGGAAUUCAGUGUUCGACCGACUCUUUGCAUAUCAUUUCAAUGGAUCUCCGGAAUGUAGACCUUGAAAUCACCAAACGAAGCUCUUUAUAUUUGGCUCCAACAAAUACUUCACUUACCGGUACAAUCUCUCCUUCCCUCUUCAAAUUAACUCGCCUUCAGUAUCUUGAUCUUAGUUUCAACACUUUGGACUACUCACAGAUCCAAUAUCAGCUCUCUAACUUCAAAAAUCUCGUCCAUCUUGAUGUCUCGUUUUCGCAAUUUUCCGACUCCGUAACCACACAGUUCUCCAACCUGUCUUCUCUUCGGUAUCUCGAUAUCUCCAGUUUCGUUCAAGCAUCUGAUCCCGCAUCUACGGGUCCCUAUAGUGUUUCUGAAUAUCCCUUAACAUCCCCAUCCAUAAACUGGGUUAGAAAUUUGGUCAAUCUGAGAGUACUAAAAAUGAGUGGCGUUGAUUUAUACGACGCAUCUAUGACCAGGAAUUGGGCUGAACCAAUAUCAUAUCUUGGUGAUCUAAGAGAACUUCAUUUAUCUUAUUGUCAUAUUUCUAGUCCAGGUUUUCCAAUCCGCGAGUUCUUUAAUCUCUCACGUCUCUCAAUUUUGAAAAUGAGUUUCAAUAAUGACAUCAAUUCUUCGAUUACAGCCCAGAUUGCUAACCUGAAUUCCCUUUCAGUUCUUGAAUUAGCCGAGUGUUAUAACUUACAAGGCUCGAUUCCGUACCUUCCCCAGCUUAAAAAGCUUGAUGUAAGAGGAACUCCUAACCUCAAUGUAAAUCUUUCGUCCAUGUUUAAACGGAAAUGGCCUAAACUGCAAACACUUUGGAUUUCUUCCACUAGUGUAAACGGACCGAUUCCGCAAACCAUUUCAAAUGCUCCCAUAUUGUUCAGUUUUUCCGCAUCAGGCUGUUCAAUCAAAGGAUCCUUAACUACAACAAUUUCGGCUCUUUCUAAUUUGGAGUAUCUUGAUCUCUCUUCAAACGGCAUAACAGGUUAUAUUCCUCCUGCAGUCUCCAGUAUGAAAAGGUUACACUAUCUAUCCUUGUUUCGUAACAGUUUGCAAGGACCUAUUCCCAGUUCAAUUUGCAAGAUUACUCUCCUUCAACAUUUAAGUUUAUACGGUAACAACUUAACUGGCACGAUACCAAGUUGCUUCACUGAGCUUAUAAAGCUCAGUCACUUGGAUGUUAGUGACAACUCUGUUGGUGGCGUUGUUUCAUUAAACUCUUUGAUGAACAAACUGAACCUGACUAAGCUAAACCUUAACAACAAUAGCUUAACUGUGGAAAUAAAUCAUCAUCAACCAUUCCCAUCUGGUCAUUACCAUCUAGAAAGUUUGGAGCUACAAUCAUGCAACAUCAGUGGAAAUAUCCCCGCUUUCAUUUGCGAGUUUAAGAAUCUUGAUAAACUAGAUUUGUCAAGCAACAAUCUUACAGGAGCUAUCCCGUCAUGUCUAUUUAAACACCAAACUCUCAGUCAUUUGGAUCUCUCGGAAAACAAUCUCCAAGGAACGUUACCACGGGUUCUUCAUUUUAAUGAUAAUACUUUCAUUUAUGUGAAAUUAGCAAGCAACUUUCUACAAGGUUCACUUCCUGUUCCAUCUGAGAAGAAUAUGUAUUUCGAUCUGUCAGAAAAUCAGUUCACUGGCAGAAUCUCAGUACAACACGCGGAAAGGCUUUCUAACUCACGCUAUGCUUCAUUAUCUGGUAAUCAACUAUCAGGUUCAAUUCCUCCCUUGUGUUCAAACAAAUUCGCACAGACGGGUCUAAGUCUUCAAACUCUUGAUCUCUCUAAUAACAGCUUAACUGGGAGCAUACCUUCUAGUUUCGGGAACUGCAGCUCCCUCGUUUUUCUACACCUUGGCAUGAACAAUCUCACCGGGGAGGUUCCGUAUGAGCUUCAACAUACACGUAUCAAAUAUCUGUUAUUGCAUAAUAACCUUUUGGAAGGUACUUUCCCGAAUUUCAUUCGGAAACUCGAGACACUAGAGGUUCUUACUCUGGGAAACAACAACUUUCAAGGUAGUAUACCUACUUUCGUUGGCUCAUUUCGAAAUCUUAAGAUUUUCUCUUUAAGGUCAAACGCGUUCAACGGAUCAGUCCCCAGAGGUAUCAGCUAUUUUAAUAAACUCCAGAUCUUAGAUUUAUCAUCUAAUUAUCUCUCCGGUUCAAUUCCAAGCAAGAUAGGAAACAUUACAAAGUUAACAAGCAGACCAAAUGACACCUACGCAUUUUGGAGUGGUGGUUGGGCAGUCACAGAUCUUCAAUUGCAAAUGGUGAUCAAAGGAGUCUCGCAUUACAUUAGACGCUUACAUGGUUUCAGUUCAGGAAUCGAUCUAUCAAGUAACAAUUUGGAAGGAAAUAUCCCAGAAGAUAUAGGUCUACUACAAGGGCUUUCUAUGCUUAAUUUAUCAAAUAAUCAUCUAACUGGUAAAAUACCAAAUAGUGUUGGAAACAUGACUGGUUUAGAGUCAUUGGAUCUGAGUUUCAACAGUUUGUCUGGAGAGAUUCCAUCUGAACUGGUGUCAGUAAGCAAUCUUGGGCGUUUAAACCUAUCUUACAACAAUUUGAGCGGCAGAAUCCCUGAAGACGCACACUUCCAAACUUUAAGCACAGACGGUUCAGCUUAUCUCGGUAACAAAUUUUUGUGUGGUGUUCCUACAGAAAGGCUUUGUGAGGGUGAUCUUAUCGUUCCUACAAGUAGUAUAAACAAUGCUUACAUGCAGGAAGAAGAUAAAGAUAGUGCAAGAGAGAAAGGUUUGCUUUAUGGUGCUGUUACGCUGGGUGUUGGAGUAGGGUUCGGGGGUCUGUUCCUAGUUUUGCUUUGUGGAAAAGAAAAAUGGUGGUCUGGCUACUGGAGAGUUGUAGAUACUACUGCAGAGAGAAUAACAGAUGGUAUAUGGAAAAAAUAA